AUGUCAAAUUGGCCUCAGCCGUUCGUGUCUACUGUCUCUCAUUGGCAGGCUACUAAUCGAGGUCGGAAGUCUUUGUAUAAUCACAACAAGGAAGCUGAGCUCCCCACCGAAGUCAUCGACUAUGUGAUCGUCGGUGCAGGUAUGGCCGGUUCGACGAUGGCGUAUCAUCUCACGCGACCUGGUAUAGCUGAUGGAAAAAGCGUUAUCGUCCUUGAAGCAAAAGAUCUAGCCUCCGGCGCGACCGGUAGGAACGGUGGUCACUGUGCCCCUUACUCCUUCGGAUCACUUACGCUCUUGACCGACCCUUUGAACGAAGGCGGCGCAGGUCUUACCAUAGAGGAAGCCAUUGAGGUGAUUGACUUUGAGAAGCGAGUAUUGGCAUACGUUACCGAGACUGUUGAGGGGGAAGGAUGGGACGUGGACUUUUGGAAGGGAGAAAAGGUGGAAGUCCGGAUUUCAGAAGUGGCCAAGAAACAAAUGGCAAAUGAUUACGCCAAAUGGAUCGCUGCCAGGGAAAACAACCCUAGGUUGAAAGGGACGGAGCCUGAAUGGUUCUGGUCAGAAGAUGCGGAUGAAGCGAAGAAGGCUACUCGAAUCCACAAUGCCAUCGCUUAUUCAAAAGGUCCAGCCGGAUCAGUACACCCUCACAAACUCGCGACUGCAUACAUGAAGGCUGCUAUCGCUACAGGUCAAGCAGACUUAUACUCUUAUUCUCCCGUUACGUCAGCCACCAAAUCCGAUGGUCUCUGGCAGCUUGCGGUCCAUGGCAAGGGAGAUAUCAAAGCUAGAAACGUCAUAUUCUGCACAAACGCCCAUACACCUCAUCUGUUUGAGGGUAGCCCUAUCGCUGAAUACCUUGUCCCCUUUCAGGCUCAAGCAGCGAAUGUGACCCCGCCACUUUCUUUCUCUGGAUCCAAGUAUCUCAACAACUCGUAUUCGAUCGAAGACGGACCUUAUCUCAUCUUUACUCCUGAUUCAGGAAUAGUCUUGGGCUUACAUCAUCGGACCGCUCAUGACUUAGGAGUCAUGACUAAGCAGGAAUUGUAUGUUGAUGACGACGCAUACGUUGCAGAAGGUAUCAGCAAGUGGUUGAAGGACUACUGCAAAAACAACUUUGCCGAAUGGGGCCCUGAAGCCCCAGGUGAGGGAGCAAUGAGGAUCUGGGCUGGUAUGCUUUGCGCAACCAAGGAUACCCUUCCUCUUGUUGGCGAAGUGCCUGGUAAGGACGGUAUGUGGAUGGCUGCUGGAUUCCACGGUCAUGGAAUGGCACGUAUAGCCUUAGUCACCAAGUACCUGGCCAAACUAAUCACGACCAAUGAGUGGGACGAAGGUCUCCCUCAGACGUUCAAGCUUUCCGCAGAGCGAUUCGAACGGGGUAAAGUUGCGCCUCCUUUCAUCACUGAAGAAGAGAGACACGGUGGACUCGCCAACAAGUUCAUGAGCGUUGUUGGGUUGAACACCAGCACUGUCAAGUCCGUGGUCCGAUAG